UACCAGUCACUUUUCUGAAAGUGAGCAAAGAUGUGACAAUAACAUUUGUCCAAUACUUGAGAAGGCAGGCAACUAAAAUAGAGAGAGAAGGAGGGGAGGGUAGAAAUUGAUGCUAAUAUUGAACAAACUACCAGGUGGAAAGUUUGUGAAUCUACAACAGUUUGAUUGCAAGUAUUUCGUAAAUAGCUGUAAGAAGUAGAGCUCAUGUCAAAAAGUAUGGAGGAAACAGGAAUUUCAGAUAGUGAUUUCAAACAGCUGUUGUUGGAUUUUUCAAGAUGGUAUGAUGGACUUGGAUACAUCAAUAGGCUGAAAGUUCUCUACACAGAUCAUGUGCCAAAUUAUAUUGAGUUAAGUGAGGCUACUGAAGUGACAUCCUUGCUGCAAAAUUUAACUGGUUCAGGGAAUUUGAGUCGAACAAACCUCACAAUCCUGUACGACACAAUAAAAGUAACUGAACAAUUUGGCUUCAAAUCCAAAAUUGCACUUCCACUUUUACAAAGGCUCGAGGAACAUGAAGUGUCUAGAUUCACACGAUUCAGACAAUUCCUGUUUAAGCUAGGGAUGAAACUGACUAGAGACGAUAUACGCAUGCUUGACGUACGACAUAAUGAGAUGCCUCUGUUGAAGAAUUAUAAAGACAGCUGGCAUAUGAUACUGGAUCUAGAGCAUAGGAAGAAGCUUUGUGAAGAAAAGAUUUACAGUUUCAUUGAAGGAUUACCAAGUUACUUGGCUGUGAAAGCUUUAUGGGAAGACAAGGCAGGAAAAUCAGAACAACCAAGAACAUCAAGGUCAGAUGAAGUAGGUAACGGAGAACCAUCAACAUUAAAAAGGUCAAGACAAAAGUUAGACAAAGACAUAAUUAUCAAAGAUUCCCUGAUAAAAAUGCAACAACAACUAUAUAGGGAUUUAAAAACAAUGACACCAUCAAUCUGGCAUAAAAAUCAUGCUGUAGAUAUUGCAGAAACAUUUACUGAACUCAUCUUACAUCAGUCAACAAGAAAAGGCAAUAGAGAACCAAAAGACAAAGAAGAAAAAGAUGAAAAAGAGUAUACAGAUGAAGAGUAUACAGAUGAUGAGGAACAACAAAUAGAACAAGAACAAGUCAAGUCCACAUGUAUAAUGAAGGCAGGUAAACCUGCAUCAUUAACAGAGGUAUUAGAUCUUAUUAAAUCAACAGAUGCAUGUAAGGUAAUAAUAAGAGGGAAGGGAGGAAUGGGCAAGACUACUCUCCUUAAAUAUAUUGCUUAUCAGUGGGCUACUGAUGAGGAGCAUGUCUUUGCUGAUAAAUUACUGUUUAUGAUGAAUAUCAGGGAAAUUAAAGCAUGUGUAAAGUUCUUGGACAUGAUUGUGAAAAAUAUGGAUUCAAAUGGAAUAAUUAUAAAGAAUGAUUUGAAUGAUAAUUCUGUUGAAGAUUUCCUGGUCAAACAUGAUGAUGAAAUAGUAAUUUUGUUAGAUGGAUAUGAUGAGUUAGAAAGGGAUGCUAAAGACCCAUUAGAUCUAUUUAAAGGAACUGAAUUGCAAAAAAGCACAGUGGUGAUAACAUCUCGACCUGACAACACAGCUGAUUUAGUUAAAUCCUGUGAUGUACACAUUGAAGUAAAGGGAUUCAGUCCAGGAAACAUAAAGAAAUAUAUUCAUAAGCAUUUUAAAUCAAUUGGUGCAACCAAAGUUGGUGAAUUGCUAAUAAAAGAGCUCAGACUUGAUUCAGAGUAUACAAUGCAUUGGGGUGGUGAUCACAAAGAAGCAUUUGAAAUGUGUUCAUCUCCACUGUUAUUGCUUCAUAUUUGUACCACAUGGAAACAAAUACGUCGUCUUCCUACCUACUUGCCAGAUCUCUUCAAGGAAAUCAUUUGUUGUAAUUUAACUCAAUACCUAAACAGGACUGGCAAUGGAACUGCAAUUGCUAAUUUUGACAGAAUUCCAGAUAAAUAUAUGUCUGCACUUUUAACUUUAGGAGAAUGUAUGUAUGAAGGACUAAAGAAAAAUGCACUAGCUAUUGACAAAUAUGUUUUGUCAGAGAUGGCAAAUAAUAAAAAUCUAGUAGAUUUAGCACUGGAUUUUGGAUUUGUUUAUGAAGAUAGCCCUGUUGAUCCAGGUGAUAGGAGACAGAUGUACACUCCACCACACAAGUUAAUUUCAGAGGCACUAGCCGGGCUGUACCUGUCUGCGCGAAUUCAGAAAGAGAGUGCAGCGUUUUACCCUGCUAAUAAAAUUGAGGAAGAUCAUUCGAAAGCAGAGGAGUAUGAGGUGAUAAGAUCUAAUAAAUAUCUACAUAUGACAAGAGUGUUCACAGUAGGAUUUCUUGGUGCUAAAGCUGGUAAAUUGCUAAAACAUUGGUUGAUAAGGAGGGCCUCAAAUUUUUACUCAAUAGCACAAUAUUUCAGACAUGUGAAAGAUGAACAUGAACACCUUGUACUACAGGAAUUGGAUAACAACAGUGAAAUGAAAGCAUGCUGUGAGCAAAUAUGUCAGUCAUUCAGAAGAAUUCCUAAUAACAAAGACAUAAAAAAUAUGCAUCUAUUCAAACUUAUGUGUUACAUUGAAUGUAAGAAUAGGAAUUAUGGAAAAAAUGAAGAGCUUGAAAAGGCAGCAAUCUCUAUGAUAGACAUAUCUAGUGAAGAGUCUCUAAGAAUUUCGUGCAGAGAUUUUGUACACAGCGCAGUUGUAGCACAAGGAGUUUGGCUAACAAAUCAUUUUUUUGAAUGUAUUUCUAAUUGGGGAGACAAAAGUAUCAAUAUUCUUUCCACUGCGAUGAAAGAUAUAGAUAUGACAUAUAAUCAAAGGGUAAUCAACUUCAGGUUUGAAUUUCAAGUUAGUUCUUUAUUUUUAAUUCAUUUCUUAAAACAUGCAAGAAACCUAUCUACCAUAACAUGCUGUAUAACUUCUGUACUCAGUGAAGUUAUAAAUGAGUUACAUAAAACUCACACUAAGUUGAAAUUAACCAAACUUACUAUUAACGAUCUACGCGAUACUGAUGGAGGUUUACUAGAAAAAUUGUUUGAAGUCGCUCCUGAACUAAAAUAUUUAAAAGUAGGCAGUUGUACACUAUCAGGCAGUAUUAUUAAAAUGAUGAAAUAUUGUUGUAGGAUGAAUGUAGUAUUGAUAUUCAACAUACUUCAACGGAGGCAAAAUUUAAACCUUUCAGAUAUUGAUGGUGAAUCACUUGCAGCAUUAAUAUAUGUAGUUAGUCAGAGCAUGAAGAAAAUAAGUCAUUAUUAUAAAACUUCUGAUUCUUCGUGUAUUGAACAUACUUUCAGUUGGAGUAAAUAUUCUCUUACAGCUGAUAACCUAAAAAGGCUGGUUGAAUCAUGUGUAAAUAUGAGACUGAACUGGAAAAGGAUAGAUUUGAGUAAGGUUAACCUAUCUUCAGUCAGUGGUAGAACAUUAGCUUGCCUUUUUAAGAUCUCCCCAGACCUGAUCCAUAUUGACAUGAGUCAUUGCAGUUUAUCAGGCAUUAUUGUUAAUGAAAUGAUGGAGGAAUGUGGUAGGAUGAAUGUGAAAGACAACAUGCUUAGACUAAAGGGCAAUGACCUUUCAGAUAUUGAUGGUAAAUCACUUGCAGAGUUAUUCAGAAUAGUCAAUGAUUUUUUUAUUUGGAGUGAUUAUUCUCUUUCAGGUAAUAACAUACAAAGGCUGGUUGAAUCAGGUGUAAAUAUGAGACUGAAUUGGGAAUUGAUAGAUUUGAGUGGGAUUGACCUAUCUUCAGUCAGUGGUAGAACAUUAGCUUGCCUUUUUAAGAUUUCCCCAGACCUGAGCCGCAUUGACAUGAGUCAUUGCAGUUUAUCAGUCAGUAUUAUUAUUGAAAUGAUGGAGGAAUGUGGUAGGUUGAAUGUAGCAUUGAAAGACAACAUGCUUGUUCUGGUGGACAAUGACCUUUCAGAUAUUGAUGGUAAAUCACUUGCAGCGUUACUCAGGGUAGUCUUUAAACAGCACGGUGUUUUCAGAUGGAGUGAUUAUUCUCUUUCAGCUGAUAACCUACAAAGGCUGGUUGAAUCAGGUGUAAAUAUGAAACCAAAUUGGAAAGUGAUAGAUUUGAGUAAGAUUAACCUAUCUGCAGUCAGUGGUAGAACACUAGCUUGCCUUGUUAAGAUCUCCCCAGACCUGAGCCAUAUUGACAUGAGUUAUUGCAGUUUAUUAGUCAGUAUUGUUAAUGAAAUGAUGAAGGAAUGUGGUAGGAUGAAUGUGAAAGACCACAUGCUUAGACUAAAGGGCAAUGACCUUUCAAACAUUGAUGGUAAAUCACUUGCAAAGUUAGUCAUGGUACUAUUCGAUGGACAGUAUGAAACUUUUAGAUGGAGUGAUUAUUCUCUUUCAGCUGAUAACCUAAAAAGACUGGUUGUGUCAGGUGUAUAUAGGAAACUGAAUUGGAAAUGGAUAGAUUUUAGUAAGAUUAACUUAUCUUCAGUCAGUGGUAGAACAUUAGCUUGCCUUUUUGAAAUCUCCCCAUACCUGAUCCAUAUUGACCUGAAUCAUUGCAGUUUAUCAGGCAAUAUUGUUAAUGAAAUGAUGAAGGAAUGUGGUAGGAAGAAAGUAGUAUUGAAAGACAACAUGCUUGUUCUAAAGGGCAAUAACCUUUCAGGUAUUAAUGGUAAAUCACUUGCAGAGUUAGUCAGAGUAAUUCAUCUUCCUUAUGAUAUUUACUCUUAUACUAAUGGCUAUUUCAUAUGGAGAGAUUAUUUUCUUUCAGCUUAUAACCUAGAAAGGCUGGUUGAAUCGGGUGUAAAUAUGAGACUGAAUUGGAAAUUGAUAGAAUUGAGUGGGAUUAACCUAUCUCCACUCUGUGGUAGAACAUUAGCUCUCCUUUUUAAAAUCUCCCCAUACCUGAGCCAUAUUAAGAUGAGGUAUUGCUGGUUAUCAGUCAGUAUUGUUGAUGAAAUGAUAGAGGAAUGUGGUAGGAUGAAUAUAGUAUUGGAAGAGAACAUGCUUGAUUUGGAGGGUAAUCACUUCUCAGUAUUGGAGCAUUUCAAAACAAAACAACGCGAAAUCGCGAAGACAACGCAAAAUUGAGGAGGUAUACGGUAAGAAUGGCCCCAGAAAGAAUGGCCCCGGGAAAAAAUGGCCCCGGAAAAAAUGGCCCCAGAAAAAAUGGCCCCAGAAAAAAUGGCCCCAAUAAUCAAAUUCUGAAUUAAAACUG